CAUGUGUUACACGAGAGGCGGGGCCUGAGUCGUUCACAUGUUCAUGCAUGCCACUGCAGUGCCUGUAAGAAGGGCAGGUAGGUUUGGGCGUAAUCUAUAAUGGCACUGCACGCGGUCGGCCUCAGGCUGCUUGAAAUAUGCAUUUCAGCGGUCCCUGGUGUCCUCUCUCCCGCUCAAGGGCAGUAGAGACAGCAGCUGAGCUGACUGGAUCUCGAUCUACCGCUUUGCUUCCGUUUUGAGCCGCCAGCUGUGUGGCCUCCUGUCUGUCUGCCUAUCUUGAACCUCCAUGGAUUCCACACUCUUCAUCAUCGGCGUCAUAGGCAACAUCAUCUCAGUUCUGGUCUUCAUUUCUCCCAUCAAGACGUUCUGGAGGAUCGUGCGGAGCGGGUCGACGGAGGAGUUCGAGCCGGCGCCGUACGUGUUCACGCUGCUCAACGCGCUGCUGUGGCUCUACUACGGCGCCACCAAGCCUGACGGGCUCCUCGUUGCCACCGUCAAUGGCUUUGGGGCUGCCAUGGAGGCCAUCUACGUCGUCCUCUUCAUCGUCUACGCCGCCAAUCAUGCCACAAGGGUUAAGACGGCGAAGCUGGCAGCAGCGUUGGACAUCGGUGGCUUUGGAGUAGUGUUUGUGGCCACCACGUUCGCCAUUAACGAAUUAAACAUGAGAAUCAUGGUGAUAGGGAUGAUAUGUGCCUGCCUCAACGUACUCAUGUACGGGUCACCCCUUGCUGCCAUGAAAACGGUGAUCACCACCAAGAGCGUGGAGUUCAUGCCGUUCUUCCUAUCCUUCUUCCUCUUCCUCAACGGAGGCAUCUGGGCAACGUACGCGGUGCUUGACCGAGACAUCUUCCUUGGGAUCCCCAAUGGGAUAGGCUUCAUCCUCGGCACCAUCCAGCUGAUCAUCUACGCGAUCUACAUGAACAGCAAGGUCUCCCAAAGCAGCAAAGAAAUAGCGUCGCCUCUUCUAGCCUCUAGCCAGGAAGAAGCAGCUAGCCAUGUCUGAUGAUGUUCGUCAGUGUGCUGGAGUUUUGUAGCAGUCCAAGCCAACGGUGAACACCUACCAAUGCAAGAGAUUAUCGAUUUUCAUUUUUAAGGAAUGUAAAGUCUAUAUUUUUUAUGAAUAUAUAUUUUUAUAUAUACCUUGGAAAUGCUCACGUCGAUUUUGUUACGUUUUAGUGCCUCUUUUGGUACAACUUCAUUAAUAAAGCAAAUCUGGGCAAAUCUGGAUUGAAAUUUA